ACACCAGCUGGUGAUGUAUUCUAGCUUCGAGUACCAACACUAGAAACAGAACAGUUCAGCUCGUUAGCCUUUGUCCUGUGUGUUUCCUGUCAUUUAAAAUACACGUUCUUGUAUUGAUUGUGUCUGGCACUGGCACAUAAAAGUGGUUGGUUAAUCUUGUUUACUAAUAAACUCAUAAACAGUCUACCGUGUACUACUUUCACACCUACCGAAACUGCUACAGCCCUCCUCUCUGUGGGACUUUCGGUUACCUUGUCCUACUCUUCAAAGAAACCUGUUCCUUUAAGGAUACCUGAAACUUAACCACAGUCACCUGACCAAGUACUUUUUGAGCUUUGCAUUGUUAUUGCGGCAGGUGUGCGCCUUAGGAGUUCUGCCCUUGUCGACCACAGAGCGGUACGGGUCUACGAGAGGACAGAAGAUGCUUGGAUCUAACCUACUAACUAUCCUUUUAACCUUCACAUUGGGGAUUCAGGAAGUUCACUCUCAAGAGAGUUUACCAGCUCCAAAAACUCUGCAGGAGCUUGAGGUGCCUAUUAUACCUCAACCACAGUGCGACUGCAUUUAUCAUGUGGGCACCAAUACACCUGAAAGCCAGCAGGUCGUCACAUCAGACACGAUAUGCGCUGGGUAUGCAACUGGUGGCAAGGAUUCCUGUCAAGGUGAUUCUGGUGGACCUCUGUCUUGCAAAAUGGGUAGCGUCUGGUUUCUGGCAGGAAUCGUAAGCUGGGGAGAGGGCUGUGCUGAACCCUAUCAUCCUGGUGUGUAUGCCAGUGCAUCGUUUUACCAGUCUUGGCUCCAGCAAAACGUGCCCCAGCUUUCAUUUUCGUUUGCAGAGUCUUCCUACACUCCUACUGCAGACGUCUGCGUCUACAUCAACGGAACAGCCUAUGCUCAUGCGAAUGCUCUAACAUGUAUGUCCUUCAUGACAGUACUUUUCUCAACAGUCCUUGUGUACACAGUGAAUUCAUGUCUACUGCACUGGAACUGAUUGCAGAGACUAGGACUAUGGCUGUUACUGAUGUCUGAGCCCACAUUUUUGGUCGUGGUGACCUAAAGUUUGGUUAUUUAUGCCUAUCUCGCAGAUAUUAACAUUUUCAACCAUGUCAUCAUGCUGCUCACCUAUGUCAUAUGAUUACACAUUGCCAGGUAGUGAGGUAUUUCUCAUGGCAUAUUUUCUUCUGAAAUGUUUAGGUGGGAACUGUGAUGCAUGUACUUUAUUAACAUGCAUUAUGAAUAGUAUACAUCAGAAAAGUUCUUGAUUUCAUACCACUGUGUUCUGUAAAUAAGAUUCUUAGAAUGCAUUACAGCAGAUAUCGGAGGGGUACUGUCACAAGGUUUUAACUUACUGCAGUGGACAUAGAUCUUUUUUUGCAAAAGACAAUAUGAAGUAGAAAGUAAAAGGAAGCCGAUAUGGGCUAAAAUCUUACUUGAGUCCACAGAUGAAGGUCAUUAAACAGGAUCUCCAUUCCUUUCCA